AGGGAGUUUGAGAGCGUGAUGAGCGACCCGAGGCGUCGAUGAACUACACUUCCCAUGCUCCUAAGCGAUGGAAGUGAUGUAAAGAGCAGACAGAAUUGGAGGGUUCGGGUAAAAAUGGCUGAAUAUUUAGCUUCGAUAUUCGGGACUGAGAAGGACAAGGUUAACUGCUCUUUUUACUUUAAGAUCGGGGCCUGCCGGCACGGGGACCGGUGCUCCCGGCUUCACAACAAACCGACUUUCAGCCAGACCAUAGUGCUGCUCAACCUGUACCGGAAUCCACAGAACACCGCCCAAACCGCAGACGGAUCGCAUUGUCACGUGAGCGACGUGGAGGUGCAAGAACACUAUGAUAACUUCUUCGAGGAGGUGUUUACGGAACUGCAGGAGAAGUACGGGGAGAUUGAAGAGAUGAAUGUGUGCGACAACCUGGGGGAUCACCUCGUAGGCAAUGUCUAUGUCAAGUUUCGGCGCGAGGAGGAUGCAGAGCGGGCAGUGGCUGAACUCAAUAACCGCUGGUUCAAUGGGCAGGCUGUGCAUGCCGAGCUGUCUCCUGUCACCGACUUCCGGGAGUCAUGCUGUCGGCAGUAUGAGAUGGGGGAAUGUACCCGGGGUGGCUUCUGCAACUUCAUGCACCUGCGACCCAUCUCCCGGAACCUCCGGCGGCAGCUCUACGGGCGGGGACCCAGGCGCAGGUCACCCCCAAGGUCUCAUACUGGCCACCGUCCCCGUGAAAGAAACCGACGACGAUCCCCAGACCAUCGGCAUGGCCGCUUCUGAGACUCUGGCCCCGUUGCCUGCCAUCCCGUUGCCUGCCAUCACUUCCUGGCCUGGAUACCUCCUCAAAGCCCCCUUAACUUCCUGGUGCCAUCUUCCCCAUGCUCCAGGGCUCCAUGAUAUAAUCUGUUCUACACAGGGACCUUCUCCUACUGCCCCUCCCCUAAUAAAGUUCUGUAUUGAGGGUU